UUGGCUAUUUGGUCUUAGCUACAUUAACGCCUGUGAUAGUUUUCGAAGACAACAGCAACAAAAAGCCUAACUUAGAAGAAUCAUCAAUGGGAUUGCUCACAAUUCUGAAAAAGAUGAAGCAAAAAGAGAAGGAAGUUAGGAUUCUGAUGCUAGGACUGGAUAAUGCUGGCAAGACAACUAUCUUAAAGAAGUUCAAUGGUGAAGAUAUUGAUACAAUUUCUCCGACCCUUGGUUUCAAUAUUAAAACCUUAGAGCACAGAGGAUUUAAACUUAACAUUUGGGAUGUAGGAGGUCAAAAGUCAUUACGUUCAUACUGGAGAAACUAUUUUGAAAGUACAGAUGCUCUGAUAUGGGUUGUAGACAGUGCCGACAGAAUGAGGUUAAGUGAUUGUAAGAAGGAACUUCACAGCUUACUUGUUGAAGAGAGACUUGCCGGGGCCACACUUCUAGUUUUUGCUAACAAACAGGAUCUACCUGGUUCUCUGACUGCUAGAGAAAUUAGAGAGGCUUUAGAUUUGGACUCCAUCAAAACUCAUCACUGGCUGAUUCAAGACUGUAGCGCUGUUACUGGAGCCAAUUUACUGAAUGGAAUGGACUGGGUCGUGAAUGAUAUUGCUUCCAGGAUAUUUACUAUGGAUUAAAAUUACAGCUGGCUCAACAUCAACUUUAGUCAUUUCUUAUUAUAAUGCUUUUGGAUCUGAAAAAGUAUUUUUUUAAUACAUGUUUUUUUUUCCAGGUAUUUUUAACAGUGCUAUGAUAUAACCUUCAUUGAGUUGAUAAUGAUUUAGUGUGAAACAUAUGCUGCUUAGCAUAUAACUGUAAUAUUACUAAAUAUGAACCUUAUUUGUUCUGCUUUGAUCAAAUUGUUUUAAGAUAAAUUUUGUGAAAGUGAGUGAGUUUCAAAUUUGCUGACAAACAGAUGUAUGUUUAAGACUAAUAAUGUAUGUGAUUGUGUGUCAUGAUUGUGUGUCACUGAUGUAUAUAUGUUGGAGACUAAUGAUGUAUGCCUUUUUUUUUUGUGUGUGAAAAUGAGAAACUUUAUAUUUAUGAAACUGAUUGAAAUUUGACCAGUGUAAAUAACUGUAUAAAUAUUGCCUGCAUUAUUUAAAAUAAAUUUUACAAACAAACACAAAAAA